CCACAAGAAGAAGCCAGAGAACGGCAGUAUCAUCCUACUUCGAUUUUUCCGUAAUGACAACAAUUCUUCUUUACUACUCAACACUCUCUGCUGACAACAAUGACUGACGAUAGCAUGCUCUGUGUUUUGGUCUAGAGAGAUGUUCCGUCAUUUCUGGGUUGUUUUUUUGGGCCAAAAUACAGAUCAGUGCGGCCUUCUGUGAUGGAGACAUUACGUCUCGCGCAAGCGCAUAACGUACGCUCAAGUCGUAGUCAGUCAGGUGUUCUUCGCACUUUUUUGACCAUGUCGGGGAGACGGGAGCCGACUGAUCGGUCUACCUUUGCUGCCGACGAUCAGCAGUUGGGUGUGCUGUGUGUGUGUUUGUGUGCAUUUGUGUGAUGAUGUGUGCGCGUUUGAGUGAUCUCGUCUUGGGCGCCAGAAUUGCUAGAAAUGUGUCUGUUCACAGUACUCAGUAACACUGACAGGCUUAUCACUUCUAACUACAGGAGAUAAAAAAUAUACUCAGGCUUCAAUUUCAUUGUUGUCCAAAACGGUUAAUCCACCGAUGCCCUUAUUGUGUAAAUUCCUGUAGUCACCAUGGCCCUGGUGUCUCAAAGCAUGAUUCACAGUGUAAUGUUAAACAGGAUACUCAGGAUAUGCAAUGCUGAUUGGCUGAAGCAAGCCAGGGCCAGUCUGUACUCUACAAAGAAAGGACUUUCCAUCGACUGUCUUUUUGCAUGGUUGCAGCAUCUGGCCUUUCCUGCUUAAUGCUUGUUUUCCCUUUUACCUCUUAUGAAACCUUGACCUUUUUCAAGAUAAUGAGCAAAAAGGUUAAACAUUGAUGGACUAGAUUAUGUAAAACAAUCUUGUGAGUAACGUCUCAGAACAUAUGUUUUCAUUCCGGGGACCAUGGCAGACUUCGGAGAGAUCCUGAGGGCCAUCGGAGACUUUGGUUUAUUUCAGAAGACUAUACUUAUAGCCAUAUGGAUCCCCUGCUUUUUACUAUCAUUGACCUUCGCCAGCAUCCUCUUCAUUGACUCUGACCCGGAGCGCCACUGUAACACAGACUGGAUCCUGGGGGCCGGUCCCAACCUGACAGAAGAGGAGCAGCUGAACCUGACCGUUCCCCGGGAGCCAGACGGCUCCCUCAGCCGGUGUCUGAUGUACGCUCCGGUGAACUGGACCCUGGACUCCAUCCGGCAGUAUGGCCUGAACCACACCACCGCCUGCCGGGACGGAUGGGUGUACGACCAGACCCUGUACCAGGCCACCAUAGUCACCGAUUUUGAUCUAGUUUGUGACAAGGCGAACAUGGUGGCAGUGGCCCAAACGGUGUUGAUGGCGGGCAUUCUUACUGGUUCACUACUGUUCGGACCUUUAGGAGAAUCGUUUGGCCGCAGACGGACCACUCAGAUUCCAGUGAUGUUCCUUUUUAUAUUCAUGCUCACAACUGGCCUGUGUCCCAACUACUACUUAUAUCUGGCCUCCCAGUUCGGGGUGGGCGUGGGGUAUGGGGGCUUCCGGAUCAACUGCAUCGUGCUGACGACCGAGUGGAUAGGGAUAACCAAGCGCUCCCUGGGCUCGUGUGGGAGCCAGUUCUUCGGGGCUUUCGGGCAGGCGUUUCUGGCGGUGCUCAUCUACUUCAUCCGGGAUUGGAGGCUGGCUCAGUUGGUCAUGGCGGCGCCGAUGGGCCUGGUUGCUGUCUACAUAUGGUUUAUACCGGAGUCGGCCCGCUGGCUGCUGGACAGGGGGAGGGCAGAGGAGGCCAAAGAGUUGAUCCUCAAAGCAGCGGCCAUCAACAGACGCACCGUUCCAGAAUCCCUAUUCGAAAAGAUUGCAGUGAAUAAGACUGCGGAGAAAGGGGGCAUAAGGGUCCUCGUCAGAUCACCUGUGCUUCGAAAACGCUUCCUGAUCUUAACAUUACCAUGGUUUGCAUUGAACCUCUCCUAUUUCUGCCUCACGUUUAACGUGGGGAAGUUUGGGCUGGACAUCUUCCUGACCCAGCUGCUGUUCGGACUCACAGAGAUACCAGCUCAUCUGCUGUGCUUCUGGCUGUUGGAGCUCGCAGGCAGGAAGUUAUCCCUGAUGUCCACCGUCCUGGUGGGAGGUCUGCUGUGCCUCUGCAUCCUGGCUGUUCCCGCAGGAAAUGCCGUCGGUGUGACCGUGUUGGCUAUCAUGGGGCGGAUCCUUAUGAACUGGGCUGGGAGCGUAUGCAACGUUUACAUUCAGGAGCUGUUUCCCACGUCCUCGAGACAAACUGCAACUGGACUAGGGGGCAUCGCGACUAGAGUGGCAGGGCUGUUGGCUCCCCCACUCAACCUGCUGGCGGUGUACCACUACUCCAUACCCAUCGUAGUGUUCAGCAGUCUCACCCUGGUGGGUGGAUCCCUUGCCUUCCUGCUCCCAGAGACCCAGGGGAGAGAGCUGGCAGACUCCACCGCACAGGCUGAGGUCCAGAGAAAUAUUGCCGUAAUGAAGACAAGAGCUGAUCCAAACAUGCCUGAACAAACAAGCUCAAGAUCCACAAAGCUCUAGUUGAAAUACAACACGCAAGAAUGUCAUCUCAAUCAUGUUUGAAGUCAUUAUUUUCAGACGCUAAUAUGCAAAGCAACACACAGUGAAUUGAGGAAGCCUGUAAUAAGCGGGUCAGGGUUAGGGCAUCUUGCUUACAGGAAGGCUGCGGAGAUUAGAGAUCGCAGCACCGCUCAGCCUAGGAUUGAACACCAGUCAUUGGUGUUCAAUGAACCUUCCUUAUAGGUGAUAUCAGGUAAAAUGGGCCAUCAGGUAAAAUGGGCCAUUUCAGGUUUGGGGGUCCCAGCCCCUCUGGAAUUUAGGGCCAAUGACUGCAAAGGAUUUCAAACUGUUGCCAUAACUGUGCUUGACAAGUAAUGGGUGAUUUGAUUGGUUUAUAGUUGCUAUGGUGGGCAGGGCAAUACUUCAAAUCUAGACUGCACCAGAAAGCUGCGUGGUAAGUAGCCUGGCAUACCAAAUCUAACUCAACUAUUCUAAGGAUGAUACAUCUAAUAAAUCGUACAUACACAUAAAAAAACCAUGCAUAAUAUGUGUCUUGAUGGCAUCCAUCAGAAACAA